AUGGGCUCCAUCGACAGCCAAGCGCAUGACGCUGAUGUGAUCAUCAUCGGCGGGGGCAUCAGCGGUUGUGGAGCAGCUUGGUACCUGAAACAAUAUGGACUCUCAACCAUUAUUCUAGAGGCCUGCGAUAGAGUCGGUGGCAAGACAUACACAGUCCCUGAUGGAUGCGGUAAAUCAGGGCACGUGGAUCUUGGAGCAUCGUGGGUCAAUGACACAACCCAAAGCUCUAUCAACGCCUUGAUCGAAGAGUUCGGCCUGGAACGUCUGGUGCAGAACACCGAGGGUUCUUAUAUUCAGCAAACUGAAAAUGGAUCUUUCUUCACUCACGGGCUGCAUGAGAAGCUGGAAAGCCGUGGAGACGGUUUCGAGGAGUUUCUCGCCAAGUUCAGAGAUGUGGUCGAGUCGAUCAGUACUGGUGAUGUUGCAAGCACGCCAGGCGCCGAAGACCUCGAUGCCGGCACCAUUCAUAACUUGGUCGAGAAGAACUUCCCCGGCCUCCCCUCAUUGCCUCAUCUAGUCGAUUUGUUUGCGAGGACUUUCGUAGGCACCGACACGACUGAGGCCAGCAUGCUGUACUUUGCCCACUACUUUGCCUGCGGAGGUGGUAUCAAGGAGAUGUGCGGUGAAGAGAAACACGAUGCUCAAUAUCAACGAUUGGUCGAUGGAACCCAAAGUGUCAGCAACGCCAUCACUACUCGAUUACCACAUGGGAGUGUCCUGCUCAACCACGCAGUGAGCUCAAUAUCCCAGGAAGACGGGUUUGUCACAGUCAAAACGAAGAACGACAAAACAUUCACGGCUAAGAAGGCUAUCAUCACUGUCACCCCUCCUUUGUGGAACUCCAUUCAAUGGUCGCCACCUUUAUCCGAGCGAAAGGCUUUGAUUUCAGACAGCCUCAUCAUGCCAACGUAUUCGAAGAUUGUCUUUGCUUUCAGUAGUGGGUGGUGGCGACCAAAAGUCUCAGGCGGAAUCAUGUUCGCCGACGAAGGUCUCGUGCGGUUCGUCAGAGACACCAGCGUGCCGACCAAAGAUUGCUGGACCUUGACGUGCUUCGCGACUGGAAAGAAAGGCACCGUAUGGGGAGGCCAGAGCAGGGAGAACCGACGGACAACGGCUUGGGAGGCGAUGAAAUGUGCUUUCGCCAAGUUUGUUGAGGAUGUGCCUGAGCCAGUGUCUGUCAGUGAGAUGUUAUGGGAGCGACAUGAGUAUUUCUGGGGGGCGCCCAGCUCGUCCUGGCCACCUGGAAUGCUGAGCAAGGGCUUCCAGAAAGAUCUCAAGGCGCCACAUGGGAAUGUUCAUUUCGCGGGUAGUGAGACCUCGUCUGCUUAUAAAGGAUUCAUGGAAGGAGGUUUGCGAGCGGCUCAUCGUGCGGUGGAGGAGAUAGUGAAGGGGUAG